UGCGUGUAAAGCCCUAGAAACCGGUAUAGCAGUUAUUUGAUAAUUAAAUAAAUAAGAAUUAUUUAUUUACGACAACCUAUUAUUUUAAAGAAUUAAAAGGUACUUUAGAGACUUAAUCGUCUCAAUAUAAUAAAACUAAUUAGAUUAUAUUUGGAAAGAUUUAAAGUAAAAGACUGAUCGAUACUAAUUAAACAAAAGAAUUAAUACAGACCAGGAGGAACCGAUAAAUACUUGUUGAAUGAUUAUAAAAGUUAUACCGUUGGGUAGGAAUCGACGAAUCAAAUCCAACGAUGAGAACGGAUCUCACCGUUCUUCUUCUUCGAUCGCAGCAUGAGACGACACCGGCGAUGCGCAGCGGGGAUCGACGACUUCUCUCUGGCGGCGAGGAGCAAUCCAACAGCGGGGGAACCAGCGACGAGUUCCGACGGUUGAGCAGCAGCAGUCCUCCAAUCCGGCGAUUUGAGCUGGCCGACGAAAUUCCCCCACCGGUAGAGUAACUGCCGGUAUCCAACGGUGACGACGAACCAGCAACUCCGACGUAUCCCUGUCCGGCGAGCAACAGAGAUGGCGGAACAAACCCGGCGCUGCUACUCCUGAUUCCAGCGACGGCAGGUCAGCGGCGGGGCUGCCUCUGUUGUGGCAAACCAGUAACUCCAGCGACUUCCCUUCGUGUUCCAGCCAUUCCGGGCAGCGGUGGUAGUUUGGGCAGUCGUAUCGGUUCGGGCAACGGGAUGAAUCUGUUCUGACAAUGAAUUCUAAUCGACGAAUCGAGGUAAUCAUGGAGGGACUGACUUUGGAAUCCAUCCUGGAGGGUAGCACGACGAAGGAGAUGUAUGGAUGCAGGGACUUAAUAAUGAUUGGUUUAAUUA